AUGGCUUUCGUAAAAAGUGGUAAAUUACCUAAAGAUGCUGUACAAAUAGAUGAAGCGGAGGCUGCCACUUAUAUGUGGGAUAUAGUUACUAAAUGGAAAAACACAUCCGACACCUGGGCUUUGAGGUUUGGUGCGAUAGCUCUAGGAACAGUCAGUUCUAUAACCGGUAUUGUGAUAAACAGACACUAUAGAUGGAAAUUCAAGUUAGGAGAUUAUGCGUUCUUUUCAUCUGCCAUACCUAUUGUGGUGAUGCCUGGAAUUCUUACCAUUGUGUUCCAUAAAUAUUUUGCUAACAGAUACUCGACAUAUAGAAUCCCACCAUUAACAGACGGUCCAAAAGUAAUGUUUAAUUUCUUAAGGAAACAUACUACAAAGUCAUUAACGGGACCUCUAGCAUACCUUGCCGUUCUUCAACUAGCAGCCUCUGCUACAGUCACAUACUAUGAAAUGAAAAACAACUUGUCUCUGAAAAGGAAAUUGAGAGCAAUCGAAAAGAAAUUAGAUGAAGAUUUAUAUAACUGA